GUAACAUAGUUUUGACUUAGAAAGAGUCAUCCGUAUUUUUGGUACCUAAGGUAAGUGAGUCCUCUCUCUCUCUCUCUCUCUCUUGUUUAGUUGACCGACUUCACUAUCUCUUGCAUUCACACCAACUCAGCUCGUUCCUCUCUUUCACUUAUUUUACCAUAUCCCUAUAUAAACCCCUCUGUGCUCACACCCACUUUCUCAUCCACUCACUCCAACACACAACACUUGUUCACAGUACUGUAUACCUUACCUUACCUAGCUAGCUCAACGUUCCUCAAUCAUCUUUCUGUCUUACCUAAUAAUGGCUUUGGAGGCUCUGAAUUCUCCUACAGCAACCACCACUCCCUUCACUAGCUACAAACGAGAAGAAGAAGAAGAAGAGGAAGACCUUCAGUUCCGUGAGCCUUGGUCGAAGAGGAAGCGUUCAAAACGAGCCCGUCUCGAUAACCCAACAACAGAGGAAGAGUACCUCGCUCUCUGCCUCAUCAUGCUCGCACACAGCGGCAACAACAACAACAACAACAACAACACCUCUCAUCGUCAAACUCAAUCAUCAUCUUCACAGCCACAGCCACAACAAGAAGCGCCGCCACCUAUAAAGCUCACUCACAAGUGCACCGUGUGCGGCAAAGUCUUUCCCUCUUAUCAAGCACUCGGUGGCCACAAGGCCAGCCACCGCAAGUCCUCAUCGGAAAACCCCGCAGCCACCGCCAAUACUGCUAGCGACAACGUAUCCGCCUCCGCCGCCACCGGCGGGAGGAUGCACGAGUGUUCCAUCUGUCACAAGGCUUUCGCUACGGGUCAAGCCCUCGGUGGCCACAAGCGCUGCCACUACGAAGGCAACAACAACAGUAACAGCAACGUUAAAACCAACAACAGCAGUGGCGUGACAUCAUCUGAGGGAGGCGGCGCCUCCACCCACAGCCACCGCGGGUUUGACCUGAACCUUCCCGCACCGUUGACGGAAUUCUGGCCUCCGGUGGGGUUCGGCGGCGGCGACUCCAAUAAGAAGAAGAAGAAGGUUAACAACAUAGCUGGAAGCGGUGAACAAGAGGUGGAAAGCCCUUUGCCAGUAACCGCCAAGAGGCCGCGUUUGUUUUCGGGUGAAGAUGGUGAUGAAACGAUGUAGUUUUGUUCGGAGAAAUUUGAUUGAAAUUGUUGUUAUAGUGCCGUGAAUAUGAAUCGCACGCACUUCUUAAUUGGUUUCCAUUUGUUGUUUACUUCUUUAUGUGGGGGUCGAGGGAAUUGGGAUUAGGUUCGGAUUUUGUUUCUGCUCAAUUCCCUGUUUCUCUGUACAGACAAAAUUUGUUCAUUGCUUUUGUACUUUUACUUCUUUGUCAUCGAUUCAAUCUAACAAUUCCUUUUUUCAUUAUU